AUGGAGAACGCGACCGUCAGUUAUGAGUACCCGGACUACGGCGACAUUUCGGGCCUCCCCGUGGACUGCCUGGACGGCUCCUGCCUCUCCGUGGACGCGCUCCGCGUGGCCCCACUCCUGCUGUACACGGCCAUCGUCCUGGUGGGGCUGCCGGGCAAUGCCACGGUGGCCUGGGUGGCCGGGAAGGAGGCCCGCCGGAGGGUCGCUGCCACCUGGCUGCUCCACCUGGCUGCGGCGGAUUUGCUCUGCUGUCUGUCCCUCCCCGUCCUGGCGGUGCCCAUUGCCCGGGAGGGCCACUGGCCGUUCGGGGCCAUAGGCUGUCGCUUGCUUCCCUCGGUUAUCCUGCUGUCUAUGUACGCCAGCGUGCUCCUCCUGGCCGCUCUCAGCGCUGACCUCUGCCUGGUGGCCCUCGGGCCCACCUGGUGGGCUGUGACGCGCCGGGCUCGCGGCGUGCAGGUGGCCUGUGGGCUGGCCUGGACGCUGGCCCUGUCACUCACCGUGCCCUCCGCCGUCCAUCGCCGGCUGCACCAGGAGCACUUCCCGCCCCGGCUGGAGUGUGUGGUGGACUACGGCGGCUCAGCCAGCACUGAGCUCGCGGUGACCGCCAUCAGGUUCCUCUUUGGCUUUCUGGGGCCACUGGUGGUCGUGGCCGGCUGCCACGGCACCCUCCUGUGCCGAGCAGCCCGACGCUGCUGGCCCCUGGGCACGGCCGUCGUGGUGGGGUUUUUUGUCUGCUGGACCCCCUACCACCUGCUGAGGCUGGUGCUGGCCGUGGCCACCCCGAACUCUGUGCUCCUGGCCCAAGCCCUGAGGGCCGAACCCUUGGUCGUGGGCCUUGCCCUCGCCCACAGCUGCCUCAAUCCCAUGCUCUUUCUGUAUUUCGGGCGGACUCAGCUGCGCCAGUCACUGCCAGCUGCGUGUCGCUGGGCCCUGAAGGAAUCCCAGGAGGAAGAUGAAAGAGACGUCAGCAAGAAAUCCACCAGCCACGACCUGGUCUCGGAGGUGGAGGUGUGA